AAUAAUACAACCUUCCUUAUGUACGCUCUCGUAAAAAGGCUUGGCGGACUUAAAUGGUAUAUUCUCAGCUUCAGCUGCUUUCCUGGGAUUUGGAACUCGUCUAUAUAUUAUACUAUACCACGACCCGAACGAAGCAAGGAGAGAAGAUUGGGAUAUAGUAAUUAACCCGCGGUCUGCUUGGCUCAAAAUUCAAGAUGAUGCGGCUUACUCUUAUUCUGACAUCUGCUGCCACCAUUAUGGCAUGCACCAUCCCUACAAGCCCACUUUCGAACAACAUCGCCGAGGGCUUCUCAAUCCAGGUACAGAAUGCGUCGUUUCCAAACAUCCAUAACCACUUCUUGAAUAUCUGGGACUGGGGCGGCGGCGACCAACACCUCUUCGUCAGCCCCGCCGGAAAUUCUACAAGCGAGCUCACGCUCGUCGACGGCGUGAUCACUUUACUUUGGGACCCGCCUCGUCGCGCGGUCAUAAAUGGCGAGUACGAGGUGAAAGACAACACAACCAAGAUGUUCAUGACCGAACGCGGAGAUCCGCGCGCUAUCUUUGACGUCGUGUACGGCUGCAAUCCGGACACGGAUGCCUUGCAGACCGAGCUAUCGUUCAAGUCUCGCGGAGACAUAGAGGCCGGGGGGGAUAUCGGCGUCAGGCCGUUUAAUGGCAAUUACGACUUCCGAUGGACGCCUGCGGGGACCACUGCUUAUGACCCUGAUCGUCCAUGGACGAAGGUGACUUUGGCUAUCGUUUACCCUUAAAACGCUUGGUCAAGCCCCUGGUGCUAGGUAGAUGGUUGGGAGGUAUGUUUCGGACAAAGCUGGAUCGACUUUGGGAACUUGAGAAACGUGACGUGAGGUAAGGGGGUGUAACUUGACAGUGAGCAAGUUGAG